AUGGCAUCAUUUAUUCUUCAUCUUGCCAAUAUUGAUCCUGGUGUGUGUGCCAAAGGCUCCUUACAUGCAUAUAUCUCACUUGCUUUGCUUCCUGUUGCAAAGUUCAUGCACAGGAACAAGCACAUGCAUGGGGUUCUUGCAGACCACUUACUUCACCAAUGUAUUGACCUCAUUGUUGAGCUGUUGAAGCAGGCUGCCCGUCUUGGCAUUAUGAUGAGUGAUCCACAGGGUUUUAGCAGGUAUUGCUUCACCCCCCUCAUUGCUUAUGUUGCAGAUACUCUGGAGGAACUCAUAAUUGCAUGCACCACUAUGAACUCAUCACCUGUCACUAUGGCUACCUGUGGAGACUUUGGAGACCAAAUCCGACACCCUCCUCGUGAUGGAUCAUCAACCCUUGCCAACAUUGCAGCAAUUAUCACAUCUAUCUCACUGUCUGAUCUCAUUGCAUUCUUUGAGGCAUGCAAGCACUAUAAUCUAAAUGGUGUCAACUUGCCAUUCUGGAGGAAUUGGUUUGCCACAAAUCCUUCCUCCUUCCUCACUCCAGAACUACUUCAUCAUCUCCAUAAAAUGUUCUGGGACCAUGACUGUCUCUGGUGCGCAACAGUGGUUGGCUCACAAGAAAUUGAUUUUUGUUUUGUGCUGCUCCAGGUGUGCACUGGUUACUGUGCAUUCAAGGAGGGAAUCUCCACUUUGAAGCAAACCACAGGGCAAGACCAUCACAAUGUUCAAUGGUAUAUCAUUGGCGUGAUUGCUGGUGCUGCCCCUGCUGACUUCAUAUCUGCUAUUUGGGCCCUCAUGGAGUUUAGAUACCUCACUCAAGCCCCACAUUUCACUAACAAGCAAUCUAUUGUUGACGCUGGUGCUCGGCAGGGAAAAGGGGGUGGUGAUAAGCCAUGGGCAAUUCCAAAGCUCGAGUGGCUGCAGGGGGUAGUGCCCUGUUAG